CGGAGCCCACACGCUAUCGAUCUUGGGGCAGUGCCGGUCGCUGGCUCAUUCUCCUCUUACCUCCCUCCAUCACCCACAAGCCGGGAACUUGACGAACCACAAGAUGACCAUCGAAUGUAUUACGGCUAAAGCCAAUUCGGCUCUGGCGACUGUCGACAAACUCCUGCCUGUGGUGGUUUUCUCCAUCGUCUUAGCUUUCCUGCCAUACUCGACUCGGAAGUUGCUUGUGCAAUGGCGUGGCGUCCAGGCUCUCGACGCGCAGGGCGUCCCGAAGAAGAUGAAGAUGUCAGGCUCUGCCUCUGCAAAGUUCGCCUGGUUCAAUCUCGGUCUCCUUUUCGCUCAGAUUGUCGUUUGCGCCACCACCCAGCUCGACGAGUCCAGCGACCUAUUCUGACCGUCAUUCGCAAAGCAGUACUAUUACUAUCGCCGAGCUUGCUCUUUGUUUUCAGCGCCUUCUCGUUGGCGAUAAACUUGUGCAACAUCACGAAGUGCUCCGAAACCCUCGUGACUCGCACGGUUGCCAAUCUCGAGAUCAAGAAAGACAGCGUGCCAAAGGCCACUCUUGCCGUCGGUCUGCGACAUGAAUCAAAAUCUCAGCAUGCUCGAAGCUGGCAACAUUACACGAUCGUCGCACCGCUUUGCAUGUUCCUCGUUAUCUGUUUCUCGACAGCCAACGAGCCUCUGACUAUGUUCGCUUUUGCGCUCGUCUCUGCCCUUGGCGCAGGAUCUUGGUCAAGCUUCAUGCCACCCAGCACUUAUGGCGUCAGCUCCUCCACGGGUCAGCUUUCCCUGCGGAACAGACUCUACAUUGCGAGUCUAUUCUCCGUCAAUGGUUCAAUCUUCCUCGCCGACGAGAUCAUGACCGGGGUUGUUAACGGAACGAGCGUCUAUCACGAGCGCAAGCCUGGCCAAGGUUUUCUCGACGCCUUUCUUUCGGACAAGACCUUGUUCCAAUACCUGGCACUGGUUCAGAUCUUCAUCUGGACCUACCUAGCUGUCGUCUCUAUCGAUAUCUGCGCCUUUGUCUAUCGCUUCGAGAUGUCGCGCUUGAACAGUGCUGACAACGCCGGGAAUGAAGAGUCGCCCUCCGAUGGCGAGGUCUUGAAGCAGGCGAUCUCCGAGACAGAAGCCGCGCACGGCGACUUGAUUCGACGCACAGACAUUCGCUUCUGGUACGAUGCCGCCCCCAUCUCUCUAUCUUCUCCGUCUCUCUCCGUCGCCAAGCCUCCACCCUCCAAGACGCCCGUCUAUCGAGCGACAACGUGUUCCGUCGUCCUCGUCUAUCUGCUCUUCCUAUUUGAGCACCUCUUCUACCUCUCGCCACUGCUGCACAAGAAAAAUGCUACCCUGCACUUGCCUCUGUUCCCGAAAGAGGGCCAGAUGGUCAUGACGCAGUUGUACUUUCCUUCGGCUAUUUGCCUCUGCCCGGCAGUGUGCAUCUGCGUCGCUCUGGCCGCCAGCGCUUGGUACUACGGUGGCAUGCGAGGUGUCCGCCAGCUCUGGGGAUACAAGGAGCAGUGGAACAUCAUCAGGCCCGUCGAAGUUUCGAAGCUAGGUUCCCCAGCAGCGACAGCUUCGACCGAAACAAAGGAAACAAAGGAAGAUGAAAAAUCUCUCCAGCUUUUUAGCUCAGGUAGCCUGGAUCACGCGGACGAGCGUAAAGACGAGGAAGAAGCGGCAGCUCUUCUCAAAGACUUUUGAAGCACCUACCUCAUUGGAAGAUAACCUCAGUAUGAUUCUGUUCUCUUGGCCUUGGCUUGGUGUCUCACGAUGGAAGCAAUUAAUGUGAAUGAUUC